AUGACUCAAGCUGAAGUAGAAGAUACAUUGAAACGUAUUGAAGAACAUAAAGGUGUACAAGGAGUAUUGAUUACUAAUGAUGGUAUUGCAAUUCGUUCAAAUCUUGAUUCAUCUUCAACUCAACAGUAUGCAACACUAAUUAAAACAUUAUCAGAUAAAGCGAAAGCAGCCAUUCGAGAUAUUGAUCCACAAAAUGAACUUGUUUUUUUUCGAAUGAGAACAAAAAAACAUGAAAUACUUGUUGCACCUGUUGCAUAUAGCUUACCAAGGACAGAUAACACCAAUAGCGUAUAUUUGAUGGAUUCAUCAUUCUCUAAUCCAUUGAGUUAUAAAUACUCCUCUCUUCAAUCAUUAGCCACUGCUAAUUAUUCAUCGCAAGCAAGAAUUGUUCACUUACAUAAACGUCAUGCUCAUACGGGUUUUGGUGUUUAUAUUGGUGAAGAUGUGCCCAGCGGUUUAUAUGUUGUAACAGUUGAAAAUAAUUCUCCAGCAUCCGAAGCUCAUAUUCAACCAGGAGAUCGUGUAUUGGCUAUCAAUAAUCAACAAGUUUCAAAUAUUAGAAAUCCAAAAGAGUUAAUUGUCCAAGCAGCAGCGAAUGCUACAAGUAUACAAUUAGUUAUUUUACCAUCAAACAUAAUGGAAUCAAUUUUCUCAACCACAAAGGAUAACUAUGUCAAUAAUUCAAAUAGUCAAUAUUAUGUAGAUUCAAUACCACCAACAUCCUAUGAUUAUCUAAUUGAUCCAAAGUAUUUAUAUUCAAAUAGAAAUAACAAUAAUGGUCUAGAUAAUAAUUUAGAAAGAUACAUUAAUGCAAUAUUGGAAAAAACUUCACUAAAUAAUAAUCAUAAACCAUUUUAUAUAGUUGAAAAUCAAUUAUAUAAUAAUCACAAUCCAGAAAUAUUUUUUACACCUAAUUAUCCAAGAUCCUUUUAUUCAUCAAAUAUGGCAGAUAACGAUUUUAGUGGUAGACAUUUAAAUGAAUUAUCCAGUCGACAAAUUUAUCCAAAACAUAAAUCAAGACAUAGGAAUGGUGAACAACGUCAACAUUCAAAAAAACAUCAUCACACUAGAAAUCAUCAUCGAUUUGAGCAACCUCAGUAUCAUAAAAAUACAAAAGGUAGUUCAAACGAAAAUAAUGAAAAUGUUUAUCCAGCAUUUACCCCACAAAAUGGCAAUAAUAUUAAUAAUAAUCGAACUCAACAACCGAAUAUGGGUGCCACACAGAGAAUAUUGCGAAAUUCAAAUGUUUUACAAUCAGCAUUAUUUGAUUCAGAUGUACAAGAACCAUCGAGAACAAACAACUUUCAACAACAACAACAACAACAACAACAACAACAACAACAACAGCAACAAAAUAGACCGUAUAAUCAGCAACAGUCACAGUCACCAUUAAAGGGAUCUCAAAUGAAUCCACGACAGGGACCAAAUACAAAUUAUACUGAACCAGCAUUAUCAAAUAGUACAGUUAAAGCGUUAGUGCAAACUCCUAGAGAAAAACAAUCAACAAAUCAAGUGUAUCAUGAACAACCAGUAGAUAUAGGAAAUCUUCCUCACCGUUCCGACACAUCAAGAAAUUCUGCUCCUAAAUCACCUGAACCUCCACCAUACACUUCUACAGACUCAGCAGCAGCAAACUCACUCGGAGCGAUUCCCUCACGUCCUGCAACAGCUAGAGAAACAAAUCAACAGUACGUGCCUUCAGCAAAUUCAUUAUCUGUUCAACAAUCAGAAAAUAAUCGAAAUAUUUCUGUUGCUCAGUCUAGUAGUCCCCGAAAUCCACCAUCUUCAAUCGUUAAUUCAGGAAAUUCUAAACUACCACCAGUCUCAUCGACAAACGUACCAAUUGGUCGAGAUUCGCGUGAUGUUGUAUUACAUCGUGAUCCAAACUAUAAAGGCUACGGGUUUCAUCUACAAUAUAAUAAAAUUAUGUAUCUAGUGCGAGAAAUCGAAGACGAUAGUCCUGCUCAACGAUCCGGUUUACGUCCAAAUGAUAUAAUUCGUCGAAUAGACGGACAAAUGACAGAUCAAAUGCCACAUGAUGAGUUUGUUAGGAUUGUUAAUGGAAGUAAUACUGUCAUAUUUACUGUUGAACAAAGUCCAAAUCCUAUUCCUCCUCCAGCAAGAAAUGUACCGAAUCCUAUGGAUACUAUCCAUAAAGAUCAAGUUAUACCACCAAAAUCCAAUGAAACAACCGCAGAAAAAUUGAAAAAAAAAUUUUCACAGUUAACAAAAAAAAGUGACUAA